AUUUUUGUAUAAAAAAAACUUGCGGGUUAUCAUAUAAACUUAUCAUAAAUAUAUACAAUUAAACCAAUUAUCACGUAUAUAUAUAUAUAUCACAAGUAUAUAAUAUAAUUGUUCUAUAGGGUAGAAUAAACUGCUGCUUGUGUGCAGUAAAUAUCAGAGUCAAUUAAAUAUCAGUGAUCAGGAAUAAAAAAAUAUCAAUGGCAUCACGAGGACUUGAGUUGGUAAAGGCUGCGAUUGAAAGCACCUUGAAGACGAAUCGAUGGGGACCAUAUUUAAAAAAUCUCGAGGUCCUGUCAGCUGCCAACGGUCAAUGCAAAGCAGAAUUUACUGUCAAAGAAGAACAAUUAAAUUAUGCUGGUAGUCUUCAUGGUGGUUGCGUGUGCAGUCUUGUUGACUGUGUGUCUUCUUACGCACUACUAACCCAAGGCAAAGGACAUCAAGGUGUUUCUGUUAAUAUGAACAUUUCGUUCAUGAAAGCUGCCAUGCCAGAUGAAGUGAUAACAGUCGAAGCUAAAACUAUGAAACUUGGUCGUACAUUAGCUUUUCUGGACGUCGAGUUAUCUAAAAAAAAAGACGGUUCUCUAAUCGCCCGUGCAGCUCACACCAAAUUCGUAGGAUUUGACUAAUUUAAAACCACAACUAAUUACUAAUUAGUAGAGUGCUUCAAAAAAAAAUUAAAUUUUUCGAUGAUCCUAGUGAACAUCUUCUGAAAAAUUCAGGGCUACCUAAAAAUCUUUGAAAAAUACUUGAUAUAAUUUUACAUAACUGUUAUCUUUACAGUAUAUAUUUGAAAUAUUUUUAUACUAUGGGUUUUUAUAAAUAUCAAUAUUUAGUAAAUUGUUGGAAUAAUUUAUACUUUUUAAAAUUGUCUACGAAUAAAUAUAAUUGUCCAAAACA